GUUAACCGCAUCGGCCGUACAACACCCAGGGCCCAUCGUGGAGCUCAGGGAAGGGGGCGACUGUCGUUGUCAAUAACCGGAUACCACUGCUGUCUUGUGGGGCGUAGAGACACGGGGGUGACGCAGUAUCGAGGCGGCGAGCCCGCAGUCCCGCGCGGAGAUGCUAAAUAUGUGGAAAGUCAGAGAGCUGGUGGACAAAGCCACCAAUGUGGUGAUGAAUUACUCGGAGAUCGAGUCCAAGGUGAGAGAGGCCACCAAUGAUGAUCCCUGGGGACCAUCUGGACAACUGAUGGGAGAAAUAGCCAAGUCUACCUUUAUGUAUGAGCAGUUCCCAGAGGUGAUGAACAUGCUGUGGACCAGGAUGCUCAAGGACAACAAGAAGAACUGGAGACGAGUCUACAAGGCUUUGCUGCUGCUGGCCUAUCUGAUCAGGAAUGGGUCUGAAAGAGUCGUCACCAGUGCCAGAGAACAUAUUUAUGACCUGCGAUCAUUAGAAAACUACCACUUCAUUGAUGAGAAUGGAAAGGAUCAGGGCAUCAAUGUACGUCAGAAGGUGAAGGAGAUGGUGGAGUUCAUCCAGGAUGACGACAGAUUAAGGGAGGAAAGAAAGAAAGCUAAGAAGAACAAAGACAAAUACAUCGGAGUCUCCUCUGACAGUAUGGGAGGAGGAGGUGGCGGUGGAGGAGGAGGAGGAGGAGGAGGCGGCAUCAGCGGUGGAGGUGGUGGUGGUGGAGGAGGAGGAGGCGGUGGCGGAGGUGGAGGAGGCAGCUGUAAAAACUCGAAUGAGUUGGAUCGGAGUAAGUGGGACGAGGACUGGGAUAAGAGCAGAGGAGCUUUUCCCUUUAGUGAGAAGCUUGGAGAGAUCAGUGACAAGAUUGGCAGCACCAUUGACGACACACUCAACAAGUUCAGGAAGAAGGAACGAGACGACUCGCCCGACAGAAUCAGUGACAACGAGGAGGACCGAGCAUCUAGAAAUGGCCGUCAGGAAACCCUGGAGUUCAAAGAUGAGGAGGAGACCGUCACGACAAAGAGUAUCCAGAUCACACAAGCAACAGAAACCACAACCACCACCACACGGAAACGCAGUGGCGGCUCAAGCAACAAGACUCUGGACCUUGGUGCUGCAGCUCACUACACUGGAGACAAGAGCCCAGAUGAGAAGUCAUCAGCCAAGCAGUCAUCCAGUAGUGGCCUUGCUGACCUGUUAGAGAUUGACCCUUCAUCCAAUCAGAGCACCACGACAGGUGGAGGUUCAGACCUCAUUGCUGGUUUUGCUGACUUCUCCUCUCCUGCCGCCUCAGCUAGCCUCCCAACCUCCACAGCUGCUGCAUCAUCCAAUGCAAAUGGAGAAUUUGGAGACUGGAGCACCUUCUCUGCCAAUCCUCCCGCUUCAUCUAACUCCGCUCCCUCUCAGCCCAUUACUGACCUGUUUGGCAGCGUCCAGUCACCCAAAGUCUCAGCCUCAAAUCCUCCCCCCGUCCCUCCCUCUGCGGAGUUGUUUGACCUGAUGGGUGGAGUUACUCAGUUAACCAAUCCACAUGCAACACUGAGUGCAUCUCAGAGCCUAACUUUCUCUCUAGGAGGAGCAACACCAGGAGCAUCUGUUGCCAUGCCCACCAUGCCACUGUCUCGUUCACAACAGAGUUUGGGAGCCAUGACAUCUCAGCAGCCAUUAGGACAACAGCAGAAGGUAGGGGUUGGAGGUCAAGGAUCGUUGGGGUCGACAUGGUCCGAUCCUUCGGUCAACAUCAGUCUGGACUUCCUGUCAGCUGGCCUCAACCCCAAUAAGACACCGCCCACUCUCAACAACAUCAUCCAGCAACAAGGAGUGCCUCCCAUCAACCUGUUGGCCCAGAACUUCGGAGGACUGAACCUGAGCUCCCCACCUCAUGCGACACCCAUCAGACCGCCAGCCAAUCCCAUGAUGGCAGGCAGUGCCAUGGCAAUGGGUAUGCCUGCGUCCAUGGCAACAAUGACCUCGGGUACCAUUGGGAUGGGCGGGAUUCCUGUAAAACAAGGCAUGAUGGGAAUGAACAUGAGCAUGAAUAUGGGCAUGACCACUCCAGUGAUGAUGGGUGGUAUGGGAGCACCAGGAGUCGGGAUGGGCCUAACUCACUCCAUCACCCCAGCUGUGGUUCCACCCAAACAAGAUGCCUUUGCUAACUUUGGCAGUUUUGGGAAAUGAAGGAGUGCAAAUGAGUGUGCGAGUGUGAGUGUGCAUGUCUGACACAUACGAGAGUGUGAACCACAGAGGGACUGCUGUACUUGAAGAAAACCUUGCAUGUUUCUCUGCGUCUGCUCUUUUGGGGGAAGUGUCAUCAGACUUAUCCUGUCUGAUGACACAUUCUGUGAUACACUGGAGAGUAGGGCUGAAACUAUCUCCCUGUGCUUUUCUGACAGAUAAUGCGACUAUGAUUUGAUUUGCCACCUAAUUUUGAAGUCAAGCUUCAGUUAAAUAUUUGCUGUGUAACAAAUGUAAAACACUAUCCCAUCAAAAUAUCGACUCCGCUAUAUAUUUGUAAUGCAAGGAUGAGAACGCCAAAACAUACAAAUAGUUUCCGACAUGUAUGAAUGACAUGUUUUGAAUUGGCAUAGAACAUAGAUCAAUGAAAAAUAGAACAAUUAUCCAAACCUGUGAUUGGUCCUGAAAUAGGUUGAAUAAAUCCACAGAUACACUGUAAAACCAGGAUCAGAUAUGCUUUACAACUUAUAUCCUAAGUUGCAGCAUUGUUUGAAAUUUCAAUACUACUUCAAUACUUACAUACUAAAUCGUGGAGAGCGCCCACUAGUGCCCCUCGCCUCCUGCUACUAUUCCCUUAAGAGCAGGGAAGUUGUCAACCCACAGCGUUUAGUCACAACUUUGCUGUGGAAAUAAAGGUUCCUGUCUUUACCCAUUUUAUUUUUUACUUGUAUAUGAACUACUGUGUAUCCCGUUUCCUAACAAAACAUUACAAAACAUUUCUCUCUGUAACCACAUGCAGGAUUCAAUCAGUCAGGUUAACUCAGAUGAAAAUGGCAUUGCUGCCUUAACUCAUUGGCUGCCAGCCAUUUCCAGAGCAGUGGCUCUGAACAGAUGGAUGUGCAGUAGGACAGGUUGCUGUUACAGGUUAUUCUUAUCCUCUUCCUGUUAUUUAUGCCUGAUUACAGUGACAGUCAGUAUUUUAAACAUUUAUGCUUGUGCAUAACAGACACUGUUAAUGGACAGAGGAGCGAAACAUGGUCUUUUAAAGAGUAUUUCCAGCCUGCUGUGGGAAAAGAGUGUCACUAUCUGAGCAUCAUCUUCCUUUAUUGUCUACAUUUCUUUAAUAUUUAAGGCAGUGGCCCCCAGCAGAGCUUUCAGGACACCACAGUAAGUAUUUUCUCCCCACUAAACAUUUCACUUUGCAGCUAUUUUUCAGUCUCUGUCAUUUCUGGAACCUAAAAAAUAAUAUGCUAGAAAAAUAACCACCCCUACCUACCUUUUGAUAUGGAUCACAGGAGAAUAUUUUUUCCAUUAGUUUUAUUAAAUGGAUUCUAUGGCCAGUUGAGACCAAUCAAAAGGGUUUUGGGAUCUUGGGUGAUGUCUAUAUGUGUGCGAAAUGAAUGAAUGUGAGUGUGUGUGACUUUGUGUAUGAAUUUUAGUUUUCUCUUGAUGUGCAAACAACUUAGCAGAGCCUCUAGUCAUGUUCUCAGGCACUGCGCUACAAAAAACCAAAUCUUUAUUUUGUUACGCCCAGAAUCAUGAUUCCACAGCUAUUAGUUUAAUGAUUUACUAGUUUACAUGUAAGUUUUUGUUUUUAUGGAAGAUGACGAAUAAAAAACGUGAUUUAGUUUAAAGGAUUUAUUUUCUUUUUGGUACAGUUUAUUUUGUUUUUUUGUACUCUGUACACCAUUCAAUAUUAAAUUAUAACAUGAAA